GAAAAGACUGAGGAGAAUGCAAGCAGUGUGAGACUUCCCUCAGCACUAGUGGAUAAAGGGAGAGGUCACUUAGCUUGAGCACAAGGAGCCUUCCCUAGUGCAUGACCUCAGACAACACGCUGUUUGCUGUGGAGCUGUCAAGUGCCGGGAUGGGAAUGUCAACUCUGAUAUGAAGAUAUCCAUGGGAAUGAAGCUGCAUCAUCAGUUCUGUCACAGAGUAAAAGUGAGAUCCACGAGACUCCUCUAAGAUGUCUUACAGAAAGGAGCUAGAAAAAUACCGAGACCUAGAUGAAGAUCAGAUCCUUGGAGCUCUGACAGAAGAGGAGCUCAGGAAGUUAGAGAAUGAACUGGAAGAGCUGGAUCCUGAUAAUGCACUGCUGCCAGCAGGGCUCAGGCAGCGGGAUCAGACGCAAAAGCCACCAACUGGCCCAUUCAAAAGGGAGGAGCUCAUGGCCCACCUAGAAAAGCAGGCAAAGGACAUUAAAGACAGAGAAGAUUUGGUUCCUUUCACUGGUGAAAAGAGAGGAAAAGCUUGGAUUCCCAAGCAGAAGCCGAUGGAUCCAGUUUUGGAAAGUGUGACUCUGGAGCCGGAACUGGAGGAAGCCCUUGCUAAUGCCUCUGAUGCAGAGCUCUGUGACAUUGCUGCCAUCCUUGGCAUGCACACCUUGAUGAGUAACCAGCAGUACUAUGAGGCACUGGGGAGCAGCACCAUCGUGAACAAAGAAGGACUCAACAGUGUGAUUAAGCCCACACAGUACAAGCCAGUUCCUGAUGAGGAGCCAAAUUCAACAGAUGUGGAGGAAACUCUGAAACUAAUACAAAGCAAUGAUCCUGACCUUGAGGAAGUCAACCUUAACAAUAUUAUGAAUAUUCCCAUACCGACUCUAAAAGCUUUUGCGGAAGCGCUGAAAAACAACACGUACGUGAAGAAGUUCAGCAUCGUCGGGACCCGGAGCAACGAUCCCGUUGCUUUUGCCCUGGCAGAAAUGUUGAAGGUCAAUAACACACUGAAGAGCCUGAAUGUGGAGUCAAACUUCAUUUCUGGCUCUGGGAUCCUGGCUAUUGUUGAAGCGCUCGAAGGCAACACAUCGCUUGUGGAGCUGCGCAUUGACAACCAGAGUCAGCCCUUGGGCAACAAAGUAGAAAUGGAAAUCGCAAACAUAUUGGAAAAGAACACCUCCCUGCUGAAGUUUGGGUACCAUUUCACCCAGCAAGGUCCCCGGCUUCGCGCCUCCAAUGCCAUGAUGAAUAACAACGACCUGGUGAGGAAGAGAAGACUUGCAGAGGUGAAUGGGCCUAUUUUUCCCAAGUGCCGAACUGGAGUGUAGUUCCUGGCUGGAGGUCAUUCCCAGUGAUCUGUGCUACACUGUGGAAAUCUAAAGGCAAUAAGUGCCUCAACAGAGUAUUUGUGGUGCCUCUGUUCUGUUUUAUGCACUAACAGUUGAAAUUAAAUAGUGGCUGUAGUUUUUAUGAAGAUUUUAUCCAGUAGGACUGUUGAUGUUUUCUGUAGAGUUGAAAACUAUUCAAGCCAACAUGUCAAUUUUAUGCAACCUCAGUUUAGAGUACAAUCCAGUGUUAAUGGGGAUUAAUUUUUCUAUACUUCUGCACGGUGUUUCAUAAAGUUAGGAUGUGG